AUCGAGUACCAUCAACGUCGUCUAGAAAUUGCUAAAGAAGUGGGAGACAAGGCCGGAGAGGGAAAAAGUUAUGGCAAUCUCGGCUGCGCUUAUUGUAGUCUAGGACAGUUCAAAACAGCAAUCGAGUACCAUCAACGUGGUCUAGAAAUUGCUAAAGAAGUGGGAAACAAGGCCAGAGAGGGAACAAAUUAUGGCAAUCUCGGCUGCGCUUAUUGUAGUCUAGGACAGUUCAAAACAGCAAUCGAGUACCAUCAACGUGGUCUAGAAAUUGCUAAAGAAGUGGGAAACAAGGCCAGAGAGGGAACAAAUUAUGGCAAUCUCGGCUGCGCUUAUUGUAGUCUAGGACAGUUCAAAACAGCAAUCGAGUACCAUCAACGUUGUCUAGAAAUUGCUAAAGAAGUGGGAGACAAGGCCGGAGAGGGAACAAGUUAUGGCAAUCUCGGCUGCGCUUAUUGUAGUCUAGGACAGUUCAAAACAGCAAUCGAGUACCAUCAACGUCAUCUAGAAAUUGCUAAAGAAGUGGGAGACAAGGCCGGAGAGGGAACAAGUUAUGGCAAUCUCGGCUGCGCUUAUUGUAGUCUAGGACAGUUCAAAACAGCAAUCGAGUACCAUCAACGUGGUCUAGAAAUUGCUAAAGAAGUGGGAAACAAGGCCAGAGAGGGAACAAAUUAUGGCAAUCUCGGCUGCGCUUAUCGUAGUCUAGGACAGUUCAAAACAGCAAUCGAGUACCUUCAACGUGGUCUAGAAAUUGCUAAAGAAGUGGGAGACAAGGCCGGAGAGGGAAAAAGUUAUGGCAAUCUCGGCUGCGCUUAUGAUAAUCUAGGACAGUUCAAAACAGCAAUCGAGUACCAUCAACGUGGUCUAGAAAUUGCUAAAGAAGUGGGAGACAAGGCCGGAGAGGGAAAAAGUUAUGGCAAUCUCGGCUGCGCUUAUCGUAGUCUAGGACAGUUCAAAACAGCAAUCGAGUACCAUCAACGUCAUCUAGAAAUUGCUAAAGAAGUGGGAGACAAGGCCGGAGAGGGAAAAAGUUAUGGCAAUCUCGGCCGCGCUUAUCGUAGUCUAGGACAGUUCAAAACAGCAAUCGAGUACCAUCUUCGUUAUCUAGAAAUUGCUAAAGAAGUGGGAGACAAGGCCGGAGAGGGAAAAAGUUAUGGCAAUCUCGGCUGCGCUUAUCGUAGUCUAAGACAGUUCAAAACAGCAAUCGAGUACCAUCAACGUGGUCUAGAAAUUGCUAAAGGAGUGGGAGACAAGGCCGGAGAAGGAACAAGUUAUGGCAAUCUCGGCUGCGUUUAUGAUAGUCUAAGACAGUUCAAAACAGCAAUCGAGUACCAUCAACGUGGUCUAGAAAUUGCUAAAGAAGUGGGAGACAAGGCAGAAAAGGGAAAAAGUUAUGGCAAUCUCGGCUGCGCUUAUUAUGGUCUAGGACAGUUCAAAACAGCAAUCGAGUACCAUCAACGUGGUCAAGAAAUUGCUAAAGAAGUGGGAGACAAGGCCGGAGAGGCAUUCUCACUCUCUCUUCUUGGAGAAAGUUUUGAGAGUCAAGGUGAACUUAGGAGGGCCUUUGACUGCUUUCACUCUAGUGUAGAGGUGUUUGAUAGUAUCAGGGCGAGUCUGCAUUUCAAUGAUCAGUGGAAGAUUACUUAUCGUGAUCAGCAUAAGAGUGCAUACAUAGGCUUGUGGCGUAUAAAUCUAAUCCAAGGUGAAGUUGUUGAUGCUCUUCUCACCGCAGAGAAAGGACGUGCUCAAGCUCUGAGAGAUCUACUCACUCAAAAAUAUCAGCCCAGAGAUUUUUUGUUUGGUCUCCUUAGUUUUGCUCCAUCAAGUACGAUUUUUAUAGCUAUCAGUGGACCUUACGUUCACUUCUGGGUUAUCCUUAGCGACGAUAAUAUCCAAUCGAGAAAGGUACAUGUGAACAAUUAUAAGUAUCAGAAGGAAUUGGAAUUUUUCAUCAAGCAACAGAACAAAACUGCCUUGAAAGAGGUUGGUGCAAGAGAUGCUGUUGCAUGCGAAAAUCCUCCUCAUUACUCGCCGAAACCGGAGAAAGUGGCGAACGAUAUGAUUCAAGUUGAUGUAAUGAACUCACGAUUAAGUGCUCUACAGAAGCUUUAUGGCAUCAUCGUUACUCCUAUUGCUGAUCUGAUCAAAGGCAACGAGCUUACAGUUGUUCCUGAGGGUCCGUUUUGUCUUGUGCCUUACGCGGCAUUGGAAGACUCAAAUUCAACUUAUCUGAGUGAUUCAUUCAGAAUUCGUGUGCUUCCUUCCCUGACGACCUUACGACUAAUUAAUGAUUCCCCAGCUGAGUUCCACAUGAAGAGUGGUGCAUUGCUUGUUGGCGACCCAUGUUUCAAAGAGAUCAUUUAUCAGGGAAGACGUUUGGUGCAACUUCCAGGAGCAAGGGAAGAAGCGGAAAUGAUUGGACGAAUUCUCAGUAUUUCCCCCCUCACUGGAGAGAUGGCAACAAAAGGAGAAGUGUUAAAACGACUGUCAUCAGUGGCUUUGGUGCACAUUGCAGCGCAUGGUAAAAUGGAAACUGGGGAAGUAAUCCUGGCACCAAACACCACAAGAGAAACUCCUCAGCCUCAAGAAAAGGACUAUCUACUAACGAUGAAAGAUGUCCUGGAAACUGGACUGCGGGCGCAACUGGUUGUUCUAAGCUGUUGUCACAGUGCUCGUGGGGAAGUCAUGGCCGAGGGCGUGGUCGGCAUCGCCCGAGCAUUCCUGGGUGCAGGUGCUAGAUCUGUUGUGGUAGCCUUGUGGGCGUUAGAUGACGAAGGAACCCUGGAGUUCAUGAGUUUCUUUUACGAUGCACUUGCUAAAGGCAAGAAGUCAAGUGAAGCUCUCAAUCAGGCCAUGAGAUGUAUGAGAGAAUCUGGAACGUUCAAGGAGGUGAAGUACUGGGCACCAUUUGUACUCAUUGGUGAUGACGUCAAACUUGAUAUCAAGGACAUCUAG